AUGCUGUCUCGUCUCGCCCGUGCCCAGGUAAGACUCAACUUCACAGAUCACACAUCGCAAGGGCAACACGUGGGACUGCAGCCAAUGUGGCAGCUGUUGUUUCAUCAAAACUAAACGAGAAAAAUAGAUAAAACUUGCGACGAAGCUGAAUCAGAAAAUCAAAGUCGAAGAAAUCGAUCCACAAGUACGUGUUUCAGCCAAAAUGCAACCAGUUCGCGUCGUUCAGCACCACGAAGUCGGCUGCCGCUGUUCCGGUAAAACAACAGAAUUAAGGCCAAAUGAAUAUUUCAUUUCAGACUGUCAAGCUGUGGAUUGAUGGACAGGCUGUUGAGUCGAAGACAACUGACUUCGUCGAGCUGACGAACCCAGCCACCAACGAGGUCAUCGGACUGGUCCCGAAUGCCACCCAGGCCGAGAUGCAGGCCGCCGUCGACUCGGCUAAGAACGCCUUCAGCACGUGGAAGAACACUUCCCCGCUGACCCGCCAACAGUCGCUUUUCAAACUGCAGGCUCUGAUCAAAAGAGACAUGAAGAAGCUGGCUAAGAGCAUCACUAUUGAGCAGGGCAAAACCCUUCCGGAUGCCGAGGGAGACGUCAGCAGAGGUCUCCAAGUUGUCGAGCACGCCUGCUCCGUCCCGUCCCUCCUGAUGGGAGAGACACUUCCAAACGUCUCUCGCGACAUGGACACCCACUCGUACCGAGUUCCACUCGGAGUCACCGCCGGAAUCUGUCCGUUCAACUUCCCAGCCAUGAUUCCGUUGUGGAUGUUCCCAGUUGCCCUUGCUACUGGAAACACGAUGGUCAUCAAGCCGUCCGAGCAAGAUCCAGGAGCAGCUCAGCUUCUCGUUGAGUUGGCCAAGGAAGCCGGAGUUCCAGAUGGAUGCGUCAACAUUAUUCACGGACAACACUCCGCCGUCAACUUCAUCUGCGAUAACCCAGACAUCAAGGCCAUCUCAUUCGUCGGAGGAGAUGCUGCUGUAAGUUUUAUGAGCGUCAUUUGAAUUCGAACAAAUUCUUUGCAGGGAAGACACAUCUACGAGCGCGGAGCCAAGAACGGAAAGCGCGUCCAGUCGAACAUGGGAGCCAAGAAUCACGGAGUCAUUAUGGCUGAUGCCAACAAGGAACAGACCCUCAACCAGCUGACCGCCGCCGCCUUCGGAGCUGCUGGACAGCGUUGCAUGGCUCUCACCACCGCCGUUCUCGUCGGAGACGCCCGUGCCUGGCUUCCAGAACUCGUCGAGAAGGCCAAGAACCUGAAGGUCAACGCCGGAUGGAAGCCAGACACUGACAUCGGACCGCUGAUCUCCAAGCAGUCGAAGGCCCGCGUGCUCCGUUUGAUCGAGAGUGCCAAGAAGGAGGGAGCCAACGUUGUUCUUGAUGGAUCCAACAUCACCGUGCCAGGAUUCGAGAACGGAAACUUUGUCGGACCAACUAUCCUCGCCGGAGUCAAGCCAACAUGACCUGCUACAGAGUGAGAGUGAAAGUAGGGAGUCUAACUGUUAUGAACUUUUUUUCAGGAGGAGAUCUUCGGCCCAGUGCUUGUUGUCAUGGAGGCUGAGAAUCUGAACGAGGCCAUCGAGAUCAUCAACAACAACCCAUACGGAAACGGAACCGCCAUCUUCACCAGCAACGGAGCCACCGCCAGAAAGUAAUUUCUUUACUUCUUCAUCAGGCGGCCUAUUCAUCGUACCUAUUCAGGUUCACCAACGAAGUUGACGUCGGACAGAUCGGAAUCAACGUGCCAAUUCCAGUUCCGCUGCCAAUGUUCUCGUUCACUGGAUCUCGCGGAUCCUUCCUCGGAGACCUAAACUUCUACGGAAAGGCUGGCGUCCAAUUCUACACCCAAUGGAAGACGGUCACUCAGUACUGGAAUGAGUCUCUCACUGAGCUCAAGCCACAGAUGUCGUUCCCACAACUGAAGUAA